UUUCGUUGAGCAGAAUAGAGUAAGACCAGUCGACAUCUUUACAAAUCGAUCGUAUUACAGCACGUUAUGAUUGUAUUUUGAGCUACAAAUUUCCAAGUAAGGGCGUACUUUUCUUAUACCAGACGACGGGGGACCAGUCUGCACUUGUCCUGUUUUGAGUGAAACUUGUUUUUUUGUCCUUUUUUAAAAGAUGGGGAGUCAGUACCAGCGCUCAGUACCACUAGAGGUGAGGAGAGCGGAGGGGGAGAGAGUCCGAGCCAAACAUCCUGACAAGAUACCGAUCAUUGUGGAGAGGGCCCAGAGGUCACGAGCUCCUGAACUGGACAAGAAGAAAUACUUAGUGCCCUCAGAUCUAACAGUGGGCCAGUUGUGCUUCCUGAUCCGUCAGCGUGUGUCUUUGAGACCGGAGGAGGCACUCUUCUUCUUUGUCAACAACUCCCUUCCCCCAUCCAGCUCCCCGCUCUCUGCUGUAUAUGAGGAGCACCACGAAGAGGACCUGUUCCUCUACAUGACCUACAGUAAUGAGAGCGUGUAUGGUGCCUGAGGGAUGACAAACGACUGGAGAAAGAGAGGAGAAAAGCAAGACUUACUGAGGAGUAAAGGAUGUUUGCAACGCUUUUCAGCAUUAUUAUUCUCUAUAUUAGUUGUAUAAGUAACCACAUGGUGGAAGAAAGGAAUAGCACAUGGCAGAAGGGUUUUCUCUUUAUCAGUGUUUUGGGGUGAGCGUAAUGCAUUUUAGUACACUUCAUGUUAUGUUGAUGCCUCACUUGGUGAAAGAAGAAAGAGGAAGGGUGAAAACAAAGAAAUUAUGCAUUGUAAAAGGAAGUUGUCUUAAAUGAUUUUGAGGGGGCUCUCCUCAUCUCUCUCAGUCAUCUGUAUUUAAUGCAAAUAUUUUUUUUUUGUAAAUUAAUAUCAUAAACUUUUGUGGCACUUAAAGAUGAAAAUACAAAA